AGCUCACCGAGAGACGGUGCUAGAAAGAGAGAGAAUUGAGAAAUUGGCUGAAGAGGCGGAAGCUAAGAGGCUUAAAGAGUUAGAAGAAAGAAGAAAAGAAUCGCACGUGAUGGUAGCCGAAGCAGUUCAAAAAGAGGCGCAAAAGGAGGUUAACGAGGAAACUGGUAUUCACGAGGUUGACGACACGGACGGCAUUGAUGAACAAUCGGAAUACGAGGCAUGGAAGCUAAGAGAACUAAAGCGCAUAAAAAGGGACAGAGAAGAACGGGAGACGAGAGAAAAAGAGCGUGCAGAAAUUGAAAGAAGACGUAAUAUGUCCGAAGAGCAACGCCUUGCCGAAGAUAUGGAACGUAUAAAGAAACAAAAUGAUGAGAAACCCAAAGGGCAAUACAAAUUCCUACAGAAGUAUUAUCACAAGGGUGCCUUCUACCUGGAUUCUAACGAAGAAAUCUUUAAACGGAAUUAUACCGACGCAACACCGGAUGAAGCAGUUCACAAGGAAUUAUUACCAAAAGUUAUGCAAGUCAAAAAUUUUGGUCGUGCAGGACAAACUAAAUGGACACAUUUGGUGGACCAAGACACUUCAAAGAAAGAUGCUGCUUGGAGUAAAAACACCUUGGUCAACAAGUCGACGAUUUCCAAAAUGGGUGGCAUGCACGGAGGUUUUGAUAAGCCGACUUCCAAAAAACGAAAAACCGGAUAA